AUGCCAAAAGCCUCGACAUCCAGACCUCUACCCCAAAGAACGACCCGGUCCUACGCCUACUCUGACCGGCCACCACUCUCGCGUCGCCACACCUCUUCCUCCUCCUCUCAACUCGAUCAGGAUGACCACCCAGCUGGUUCCACGGCUAUAGCACUCGUUAACAUCCUGGCUUGUUUCAGAGAGUCGCCUCGCCCUUGUGUGAAUCAGGAUUUGGUCGAUAAGCUCAAACCGUUGAGGGAGGAGAGGUUCUUGCUUUACGGCAGUGAGUUUGACGCAGUGGGGAGGGAGGUGGGGGGUGGGUAAGGCAGAGGGGGUGACGCGCGUUUGCGAGGGGACUGAACUAGCAGACUUUCAUCAAGAUAGAUCCAUACUCACGAAGUCUUUGUUUCUUCAGGUGCUCAUCCAAAAGCCAUCUCUUACGCCACGGCUAUCAGCGUCAUCAUCGGCACACCUUGGAAAAUCCGGACGGCCGAGCAGGCCAGAUCUUUGCCCAAAGUCAGUCUUUCAACAUGAAUGUGAGAGUGAAGACGCUCGUGAUCCAACCGUUGUGAGCUUCCUCCCCAGGUCGGCGAAAAAAUCGUAGCCAAGAUUGAAGAAUACCUCCGCACGGGCGAGAUCGACGAUGCAGGUGAGUCCCUGUCCUCACCACAAGUUCGUCGUUCCUGGGUGAGGAUUAAACGACUUUGCUGUUGCUGUCGGAAAUCACAGUGCGAGCGGGAAAUAACUCGAAAGCUCUGGCUUUGAAGGACAUGUCGGCAGUUCAUGGAGUUGGUCAGUCGUGGGAAGCGGACGCCGGAAGCCAUGACCUUUAAUCACGCUCUGAACAUUCCGCUCGUAUUUUACAGGCCAUGUCAUGGCGAACAGCCUCUACACCAAGGGACUGCGGUCUCUCCAAGAGAUGCGUGAUUCAAAACAAUGGGAAAAGGAAUUCCAAUGGCAUGACGAUAUCCAACAAAAGUCCGUUCUUGAUUGGGCCUUUAGCGAAAACUCGGUCGGAUUGACCCAUUCGAGCUUUUCAUCCGGAACAGAAUGCCGCGGCAUGAAGUCAAGUCGAUCCAUGAAUUUAUCAAAAUCCAGAUCGAAAAGGUCGAGCCGGGAGCGACGACUUUGUUAUGCGGAGGGUCAGUCCUGAACGCGUUUCAACUAGUAUCCUGACGCGUCCGCUUACUCACGACGAACGCUCGUUUUGAUCGCGACAGCUACCGUCGAGGCAAAGAGCUCUCGAACGACGUCGACAUCCUCAUCACUUACGCCGAGAACGACGGCAAAGAACGUGGUGUCCUAGCCAGGCUCGUAGAGCGACUACGCGUAAAGGGUCCGAUCUUUAUCCCAAGACCCCUAUCUCCCAAACCUCUCUUCUGAUGCUCCGCCCCUCUCUCCUCAGGUUUCAUACCCCCCGACGGCGUACUGUCCCUCCACACACCUGCCACAGAACGAAUCAUAACCUCCAACCGACCGGCCUCUUCCUUUGAUUCUUUGGACAAAGCCUUGAUCAUCUUUCGUCACCCAGCGAACGGGAUUACGAGGAAGAGAGAUCAUUGGAGAAGGGUCGACUUGGUCGUGGCGAGAUGGCCGCAGUGGGGGGCGGCGGUGGUGGGAUGGACGGGUGAGUGGGGGGGUUGCACACUGAAGAGAAGAAUAAGUCAUCACGGAACCGGGUUGUUGACCACUGGGCUCAUCAUUCCCACGUAGGCUCGACCCAAUUUGAACGCGAUUUACGACUGCAGGCCAAAAAAAAGUCCGUCGGGAUCUCCCAAUGCCCUUUCCAAGUGAUUGGACUGAUCGAGCCCCUCUUGCCUCUCUCAGGAAUCUUAAGUUUGAUUCGGGUGGGAUACAUUCUCGUCUGACGGGGGAGGUGAUCCGAGCCGCCACGGAGGAGGACGUCUUCAAAGUGCUCGGUGUGCCUUACUUGCGUAUGUCAUAA